GGAUUUCAUCUCGCGAUAGUUCAUGGGAGCUGGAUUCAAACUGUGUGGCGGUUUGACAAACUACUAAAUACGUUGAUUACAGAUGGCAGCAGAAGAGGAGAUCCAGCGGCUGAGGAGCCAGCUGAGGGAGAGGGAGGAGCAGGUCCAUCAGGCUGCCCAGGCUGGCUUGGAUCUUCUCAACCAGCAGAUGGAACUGCAGAACAGACUGGAUGAACAGAGAGUGGAGAUGACCAAUGCACUCGAGGUUCUCGAGCAAGACAAGUACUCCCUGCAGAAGGAAGUGGAGUUAAAAACUCGGAUGCUUGAGUCGCUGCAGUCAGACCACGACUGUGUGAAGAACCAGCAGAGACAGCAGCUCCAGGAACAACAAGAGCAUCUGGAGAGGAGUCACAGCACAGCACUCAGUGAGCUCAAUAACAAGAUGCUGAGGUUGCAGUCAGCUCUGGAGGAAUCUCAGCUGAAUGAGAAACAACUGAAACACAAACUUGAGGUGCAGACUGAGACUCUGAAUAACAAGAUGGAGGAGCUGCGAGCUCUGAACGAACACACGCAGAGCUCCAUGACAUCUGAGAUGAUGGAGGUGCAGAUGAACAUCAUGGAGCUGGAGAACAUCAAGGCGGAGUUGGAGCAGACACUGCAGGAGUCACAGUACAGAGAGCAGCAACUGGAGCUGACCAAUAGCAGCCUGCAACGCCACCUGGAGCGAAUCACAGAGGAGAAAGAGGAGCGAGAGAAGGAAGCUGUUUCUUGGUUUAACUCAUUAGAGAAAUCCCGUGAGGCAAACCGAGACCUCCAGCUCCAGUUGGACCAGGUUCUGCAGGAGGCCCAGGAUCCAAACAGCAAAGGGAACUCCCUUUUUGCAGAGUUGGAGGAUAAGCGUGCUGAGAUGGAGAGACAGCUCAUCAGUAUGAAAGUCCAGUAUCAGUCACUCCAAAAGCAACAUGCCUUCAGCAAACAGCAGCUGCAGCGCAUGAAGGUCCAGAUAGCCACUCUGAUGCAGCUCCAGGGUUCCAGGGCCGAUCCUGCUCAGCUGGAGAGACUCCAGUCUAUGCUCUCAGAGAAAAAUGGAGAGAUCCAAAAUCUAAUGACAAAACUGCAGAGACUGGAGAAGGUGGAGAUGAUGGUGAAGUCGCAGCCAGCUAAUCCUUCUCCAGCGGAAAGCGGUGACGGCCAAGAUGAGACUUACUACACUGACCUGCUCAAAAUGAAGCUCAGCAACACUGUUAAGGAUGCAGAGCGUCUGGGAGAUGAGCUUUCCCUGCAAAGGAUGAAAUCUUUGUCCGAGAGCCAGAGAGCUUUGGAGCUGGAGAGGAAACUUUUCUCAUCUGAGCGGCUGCUCAAACAGGCUCAGAGUGACAAGAUCAAACUGCAGCUACGAAUAGAGGAGCUCCAACACAAAUAUGAACCGAAAGAGUCAAAAAAGAAUCUGACCCAGAAGAGAAAGAAGGAGAAGCUUCCUGUGGACAUCGUACCCUCCUCUGAGGGGACGCUUGACAAAGGCGAACAGGUUGUUGCCAUAGAGAUGGAUGUCACAAGUCCUAAGAGGACAGAACCUGAAGCACACACCUCUCCUCCAGCUGAGGCAGUGAGCUCCACGCAAAGUGUGUGCAUCAGAGGUUCAGAAACUGAGCCGCGGCCCGCCAAGUGCGUGAAGAUAAGUGAAGAGGAGCCUGUUGUGAUUCCCAACCCCAGCUCUCCUGUGACUGACUGUAAAAAGGAGAUGGAGGAGAACCAGCAGCAGAACAUGAGAGAGGAGAGAAGAAAGAAAAGAACGGUGGAGAUGAUCCAUGUCAGCUCCAACAGCAGUAUGGAGAACCAGUGCGCUCAGCAGUAGGACUCCUCUGAAUAUAUGCUGGCACACAUGUGGAUGUUCAUGUGUGUGUAUAUAUAUAUAUAUAUAUAUAUAUAUAUAUGUAUGUAUGUAUGUACGUAUGCUGCAAUAGUCUUUCUUUUUCAUUUAAAUAUUUCCUUUCCUUUACCUGUAUGUUUUCUGCUCACUUCACUGUAAUUGCGCUAUACUGUCAUUAUAUUUAAAGGUAUACUAUGCAGGAACACUGUUUGUAAACUUAACCCCUCUCCCCGUCAGGUAGACACUGAAACAUUCAGCUUGCAAGAAUGUGGUAUAUGCAGGCUUACAGCACUGAGUUUACAGUUACAAACAGAAAUGUACAAAUUUCCAAAACUACCAGCAGCACCGAGUCUCCAGCUGUCAACUUAUGGCAUUGGUUCGGGCCUGCUGCGGUAACCUGUGUGGCUUGUGUGUUAGACAGAAGAUGAUUAUAGGACUUGGUGUGUAUAUGCAUUGCUUGUACGUACACUGCAAGCUACUCUGCAAGCUACUGUUAUAGGAACCCUUCAAAGCCAACCCCAGAUUCACGCUUGUUUUGGAACAAGCUUUGUCCGCUUGGUGUUUAGCCUCACUAUAUUUGCAUUUUUGCAUUUUUUUGGCACUGUGUCAACCAUGUUCAUAGCUUACUCUUGAAUUUAUGCUACGUUCUGGCACCUGGACACUACCUUUUCAUAAAGUCCCGACCUCCCCUGCGCACCGCUAUGGGCUGGGGGCUGCAGACCCACUGCCCAAAGGUUGCAGCCCAGAGACUUCCCGACCAGAGCAAAAUAAGAAAGGGACAGAUGGCAGAGUCUCUGCAGAUAAAUACACCACCACACAUAGUGAUGACUGAGAGGGAUUAAAUGUUUUUUAAGAACAAUCCUGCUGAGUGUGCC